GGGAGGAGUCGUCAAUACGUGGCAGAAGUGCUCAGCUGAUACGUUUUGGUCCCUUCAUUUAUUCAUUCCGAGUUUGUGGCGACAAGGGAAGUUAUUAGAAAAACUGCUGUCUUCUGAUAUAUACUCUCUGGCUGUCUUUACAUUGCGUGUAAUUAUGAAACCACUAUCAUCGUCAUUUCAUAUCUCUCAAACGUCAAGCCAACGCGGAACGCCAGAUGGGGUUCGUCAAGGACAAAUAAGUUUUUGUUACAACGUGUAUGAUGGCAAGCAAUAGCAGCAGUAGUGCAGUGGCACGCAAAAACAAUAGUAAUAUAAAUACAGAAAUCAAUGACCUUCCAACGAUAAGAUAUGAGACAAGUGAUUAAUGAGCAUUUGUAAAACUUACAUAGACUUGGAAAUUCAAACAAUUAAAUUUAACUUUGUUUAAAACAUUAAUUUUAUUUUUGCUUUUAUUUAAUACAUUUGGCUCAGACCGAUGGCCACGACCGAUAAAUCUCCAAUCUUGUAGUUGGUCUUACGAUAUUCGUGUCGUAAAAAAUAAUUGCAAAUGUUCGUACCACGGCAAUCAACAGUGGUUUCCGCGAUGCAUAAAUCUUUAUCGCAUACAGAACUCUCGUAGAUUCGUCUACGUGGAUUGAUUUGGUUAGAUACUGUAAUAAACCUACAUAUUAAUUUCAUAUACAUAGUUAGUCGGAACGAUCCAUUGAAUUAAAUUUCAUGCAAUGAUUGCAGAAGCGAAUGGUUCUCGGUUCUGUGCAUUCGGUUCCGUGAGUUGGUUGAUUCUUCGAUCUGACAGGUCUGCGGUAAUUUUUGAGUCCGCGGUUGUUUUAUUGCAUUUUUCAUCUUUUCUAUAUAGACAUAAAUAAAUAUUGCCAUUCUAAUGGAAGGAAUAUCUACCCCUGUUGUCACAUCCAGAGCAUCCGAAGAAAUGGAAGAGCUGGAACCAUCCAUUGUUACCAACAUCAAGGUUAAGGAAGAAAAAUGUGAAGAGGACUCAUAUCCAGAUGAAUUGUAUGUUCUGCCUGAUAGACCUUCAUCAACCGAUUUCCUUGAUGAAGAUGACUCUCUGAAUCAAAAUACAGAUUUAUCAAACAUAUCUGCUUUGAAAUAUUCAAAUCAAGGAACUUUGAAAACUAAAGUGCACGAGCGCAAGGCUCACCGUAAGCCGUCGUCGUCGUCGGCGUCGGCGCCCCGCGCCACGUACCGCUGCACGACGUGCGACGGCGCCUUCCCGUCGUCGUCGGCUCUCAAGAUCCACACGCGCACGCACACGGGCGAGCGGCCGUUCGCGUGCGAGCUGUGCGGCGCGGCCUUCAGCACGAGCUCGUACCUGUCGGUGCACCGGCGCACGCACACGGGCGAGCGGCCGCACCGCUGCGCCGCCUGCCCGGCCGCCUUCGCCACGAAGCGCCUGCUGACGGAGCACGCGCGCGAGCACACGGGCGAGCGGCCGCUGGCGUGCGAGCAGUGCGGCGAGCGGUUCGCGCGCGCCUACGCCCUGCGCGCGCACCGCGCCCGCCACGGCGGCGCCGGCGCCUUCGCGUGCGACCGCUGCCCGGCCGCCUUCACGCAGCACAACAGCCUGCUGGUGCACGUGCGCACGCACACGGGCGAGCGACCCUUCCCCUGCGACCUGUGCGCGUCCGCCUUCAAGAGCCGCUCCGAGCUGAACGUGCACCGGCGCAGCCACACGGGCGAGCGGCCGUUCCGCUGCGACCUCUGCCCGUCCGCCUUCACCACCAGCUCGCACCUGCUGGUGCACCGGCGCACGCACACGGGCGAGUGCCCCUACUGCUGCGACGUGUGCGGCGACGCCUUCAUCACCAGCACCAAGCUCAAGGUCCACCGCCGGCGCCACACCGGCGAGAAGCCCUACGCGUGCGAGCGCUGCGGGGCGGCCUUCAGGGACGACUCCGGGCUGCGCGCGCACCGUAGGAAGCACACGGAGGGCUGA